AUGUUGGGUGGGUUAUGGCUGUUGCAUACCUCAUCCUUUGUUUCCUCCGCCCCCCUCUCCUGUUCUGCCAUGUGUGUUGGCAACCAGGUGAAGCUGAGCUAUGACCUGCUGAUUGGGCUACACUUCCACAAGCUACAAGACGACUACGAAGUGGCAUUUGUGGAGGGCUGCCUGCACCCCUCCUCCUGCGCGCCGCCCUCCGCCUCGCUCUCCCUGCUGCCCCGCAUCACCGGCCCUUCUCUGCUACCUGCACCCUCGGGGUCAGGGGCAGGAGGCCAAGGGGCAGAGUGGGAGGAGAAGGGGCAGGGGGGAGGUGGAGAGGGAGGAGUGGGAGCGGAAGAGGGAGGGGCGAGCAAGGGGGGAGCGCGGCCACUGAUGGAGCUGGUGCCGCUGGAGGGGGAUGGGGAGGAGGCCAACCGGCGGGCGGUGAUGGUGCGUGAUGUGAAGCUCUCCGAAUUGAAAGUGCUACUGCAAGCCUAG